GCUCACUGCCACCGAGUCCGGCGGAUUCAGGUGUCUCCGAUGUCGAUAGUUCUUCCAGUGGUCACGCGUCUACAGAUGAGCUUAAAUCGCGCUUACAACCACCAGGUCUCGGACCGCAUUCACCAUUAGGAUUUCCACCAAACCAGCAGUUCCUCGCCCCUUACCAUUACCACCCACCUGGGCAUGGACACCCCCAUAGGGGGCACAUGUCACAUCAGCCACCGUACCCGCAUCGACCUCAAUUGCCCGACAGGUAUAGCAGCUACAUAUCAUCACUACAACAGCAACAUCAAGCUCAACAGAACACGCAUUUACAAGGAUAUCAUCACAAUAGUAUCCAUUCUCCUUUCACGGCACCUUCAGCUCCUUCCCCUCCAAGAGGACACGCAAUUCCCACGUCCGUAAUACAGGCAGCUACCUCAAGCGUCAACGAUGAGCUCUCUUAUAUGCUAGAUCUUGGUUUUCCACCUCGUAAGCUUAAAAAAGUCAAAAAACCAAAACCCGGUGAACAUGGUUCAGUAAAACGAAAAAGUCGAGAAGGUUCAACAACAUACCUAUGGGAAUUUUUGCUCAAACUCUUACAAGAUCGCGAAUACUGUCCGAGGUACAUAAAAUGGACAAAUCGAGAGAAGGGGGUUUUCAAGCUUGUCGAUUCUAAAGCAGUUUCCCGACUGUGGGGUUUACAUAAGAACAAACCAGAUAUGAAUUACGAAACGAUGGGUCGCGCUUUGAGGUAUUAUUAUCAAAGGGGAAUUCUUGCCAAGGUAGACGGUCAGCGACUAGUUUACCAAUUUGUCGAAGUUCCAAAAGAUAUCGUCGAAAUUGAUUGUGCGGGAGCGUGACCUCCUGUAAUUACAAUUAAUUUGGCUUAGGUCUCACUCAGUGGCGGUACACUGUUUUGAUAGUACAACAAAAUUUUUUAUUUACGAAUAUGAAGAUUUGAACAAAUUUGUUUUAAUUUAUUAAGUUUAUAAGAUGAAAGGUAUAUUAAAGACAAAAUUACUAGUACAGCUACCGAAAAUUUCAGGGACUUUUUCUCUUACUCAUCGAGAUAACAAUAUUAAUCAAUUCUUACGUAAAAUUCAUCUUUCUCGCUCGACAAUAUGUGGUAAUACUUCAAAACGAGUAUAGUUGCGUAGUUUAUAUCAAAAAAUUAUCUGUGAAUAAUGGACUGCCCAACAAAUUGUAGUCAAAAAAUUAUGGUUUCUAACAGGGUUUCUAUUUAACAAAACAGCUAGAAGUAAGUAGUCUGUUUAGAUGUGCUUGUUAUUUACAAAUUUCCGAUUGAACCACUUCGAUUUGAAGCCCUCUUAACAAAAAAGUUCAGCGUGAAUUCGGCGCACGUAUUGUUAAUUCUCUUCAUUUUCACUAUUGUGUUAUAAUAAAGUGAUGGUGCUUAUAUGAACAUUUGAAGAAUGAUAUAAUGAGCCUUUGGUUGUUGAUAGUGAAAUGAAUUUAAUGAAUAGAGUCUAAAUUUUAUUAAUAAGAAAUUUUUAUAUGUAUACAAUUUUAUUUCUGAUAAAGAUGAAACAAUAAAAAUAUUCAUUUAGAGUAAUUAAUAACUGAUAGGUUUUUGUAAGAUACAUGAAGGAAUUGUGAUAGAGAUGUGCUACGUUUAAGAUUGUUACUUAUGAAAUUUUGGCUAAAACACAUCAAGGUGCUGUUAUUGAAAUUGUCGGAGACUGUGAGGUGCCUGCAGAUAUCUUGCAAGACUAUUUUGCAAAGAUGGUUUGUUAAAUGUGUCAGUACAUGUAAGCUCUCUUCGUGUAGUAAAUUGAAUUGAUUUAUUGUUUAGGCUCGAUGUAGUUACAUAAUGGCUGCCUUUUUGUGAAUUGAUCUCGGAUGUACACCUAAAAAACACAUACAAAAGUAUACAUACACCUUAGAGAUAUGUAAAUAGUUUGUGUACUUAAGUACAUUUACAAUAAUA